GGGCUCAGUAUUACGGCUGAAGUCCUCUUGGUGACGCUCUGCUGACAUCACUCUGAUAUUCCCCACUCAGCUCUCCGCAUCAGACGCACGGAGCUCCACCGACUCUCACACACUCCGUCCACACUUUGUUUCCAUUUCGCUCCGCUCGCCGUGGCCAAGACGCACCAUCACACACAACCAGCUGCGGGCUACCUGUACGCACUGCGGCCGGCCCACACGGGGAGUGGUUAGACUCUUCUGUCAUUAACAGACUGAAGGAAAUAGAGAGAGAGGGGGAGAGAAAGAGAAACUAAACACGGUCGAGGUUAGAGAGAGGAGCAUUCACUGAGACAGGGGGAAAGAGAAGCCGCAACUUGGCUGAUUUCAACCCAGGCAGUCUGAACUGAACUCGAAGUUUCUUGGCCGAUCGGAGAAGGAAUAAUUUGGAGCCCGGUUGCCCCACACAGCGCUGUUGUGGAUAUUUACGUCCACCUGGUCUCCUGUUUAGAAGAAUGGCGAGAGAUUACGCAGGACGCUGUCCGGUCUCUCCGGUGAGAAACACUUGGCUCGUGGCCGCAGCGAUCCUCCUCGCAGCCCAAGGUAUCGGGGCUCAGAAAGUGCGAGUUGAGGAGGAGGUGGAGGCGUAUCCCACGGAGUCUGUUGAUCUCCGCUGCCAAUUCAUCGAUGGAGGAGGCAGAACCAAACUCACACAGGUGUCUUGGAUAUGGGAACCUAUUGAUGGUCAGAGGGACAACAUCGCUGUAUACCACCCUAUCUACGGACACAGUUUCCCCAACUUGUCCUUCAAGGACCGAGUUGUCUUCCUCCACAACAGUCUUGAGAACCCGUCCAUCAGGAUUUCUAAUCUAAGAAUGUCUGAUGCCGGCCGUUAUACCUGCGAGUAUGCCACCUACCCUUCUGGAAACGAACAAGGGACGACCACCCUCAUCAUGCUUGCCAAGCCUAAGAACUCAGCCAACGUUGUGACCGUCCAGGCUGGUUCCAAGUCGGUGGUGGUGGCCCAGUGCGAGGCGGCGGACGGCAAACCAGCAGCCACCAUCAAGUGGCUGGCGUCGGUUGGGGGCAACCAUUCAACCACCAUGACAAAUGGACCGGACGGCACUGUGACAGUGCGCAGCGAGUAUCGGCUGGUUCCUACGCCGGCAGAUAACGGCAGGGAGGUGACCUGCAUGGUGGACCAGAGGACACAGGAUCAGCCGUGGGUUGACUCUGUCAAGCUCUCUGUGGAGUACCCCCCUUCUGUAUCCAUAGAUGGCUACGACAACAACUGGUACGUCGGACGUUCAGGCGCCGUGCUCUUCUGUGUGGCGAACGCCAACCCUGCGCCCACCACCAUCACCUGGACCGCGGCGUCUGGUUCUUUGCCAGACACGGUGAUGGUGGACGGCAACAAGCUGAUGGUGAGGAAAGUGGACGACGCCGUCAACACCACUUUCAUCUGCGAGGUCAAGAACAAGUACGGGGCCAGCAGGCACCAGAUAACCACCAUCGUCAAUGAAGAGAAGAGACAAAUCACUCCAGGCCCAUCGACAGGUGCCGUUAUCGGCGGCAUCCUUGGCACCCUCGUCGUCAUCGGCAUCAUCAUUGGCAUCAUCUUAUUUAUCCGCAAGCGCCAGGAAGACGGAGAGGGCCCCCCAAAGCACAAACCCCCUCCCCCUGUGAAGGCAGGCAGCUCAACAGAAAUGCUGAACAAGCCAUCAGAGCCUCCCACGGCCACAGAGACAGCACCUCUCAGCCCGGGAGAGGUUUACUACGAGCCCACAGGGGGAGAGCCUGUCACGAACCUGGAUGAUGAGACCACUGGAGCCCUGAACGGUGGAGCCCCCCCAGUCCUGGACGACUCGGCCAAAUACAGCAACAUCAACGAACUCAAAGACCACCCUGCCGACGGUCACCACAGCAACGAUUUGGAUUCAUCCAAUCGUGAGCCACCAGCUGCCAACAUCUCUCGCGGCGAGAGCUUUGUGUCUCCCGCCAUGUAUGUGUAGCCAUGGCAGCCAUAUUAUCACAUCACGGGCGUAUGGGCAAGUUCCAGGUCACCUUAAUUUGCAUGGAAAGCAAAGCCGAGCACACUAGAAAUCCAAUAUGAAACUUUAAAGUUUUUAAGUUUUAACCUAUAUACAGUGGCGUUUUGCAUUUCAGUUUAUUUUCUUCUUAAGGCACAUUUGGGGAUGUUAAGGGUUACAUGUUUUGCCACUUGUGACUACAAAGGAACAGGGAUGUUACAAAGGGUAACAAACUUUUCUUCCUUUUCUUUUUUAAAAAUCAUUAUAUUUCAAAUAUCCGCUAAAGAAAAGCUCAUUUUAAGUACAAAAUAUCAAAGUUUCCAAAGCAGUUUAAGAUACACAAACAGUAGUUCAUCUAUCUUACAGGCCAGAUAGCCAUUGAAAUCAUAUGUGUAGCGCAUAUGAUGAGGCGGGCUUUUACAAUAUGUUAAUUACAUGGUCGAGAGGUGUUGCAAUGUAGGUGAACUGGAACACUCCCUUCAGCUAAUUAACACACAGCACUCUGCCUGUGUGACGCUUGCAAAUCUAAAUUUCCACCAAAAAAAUCGCAAGACAACAGCAUUUCCAGUGGAUUCAGUGAAAUAUUAUAUGCAACAUUUUGUGCCAUGAACAUACAAUGUCCCCAUUGCAAAAUUAUUGUUAUAUGUGAAGCUGCCAGUCUCUUCUGUUUACAGCCGUGGAAAGUGAUUUGAACAUCUUUUGCCCUCUAAGUAAGGAUGAAACAUCAGGCCUUGUACUAAAGAAAAGAAAGUGAAAUUACUAUCUUUGAAAUCCUUUCAGAGUGCUCUUCUUCCACGGUUGGUUGGGUUUGAAUUACAUACAGCUGAAUUUGGUCCCAGGAAUUCCAAAGUCUGAUCAUCUGGCUCCCCAGGCAGCUUCAAUUAAUCACCCGAGAUGUUUGAAAGUAUUUCAGUUAUUUAUCGACUCUUACAAUAACUCUAAUAAAAAAAUAAAAAACAGCCUUCCCCACUCUUGCCCAGACUGCAGUCCAAUAAAGAAACAUUCCACUUUAUUAUGUUGUCAAAGGGCCUCCUCUGGACCGCAGCAACCGUCAGAGCGCCGAGCUGCUCGUUAGCACUGACGGAGAGGAAGUGGCAUUGCUUUGAAGCUCAGUAACCUGGCAACAUUACAUGAUUAAGAUUCCACGAUUCAUAUUUGCAGUCGUUAAUUGCAAGAGUUGGUAAGGCUGUGUGAUGAGGGGAAAGGAAACUCGGUUUACAGCGAAGCACACACACCACAGGGUUCUUACAUGUGCAAGCACACACACACACACACACACACACACACACACAAAAACACACAAACACCAAUGUUUGUAUUCAGUCCUCCUCUAAUGAAUCAUGCUAUUAAGGUUGUUAAAAACAUUAUAAGGAAUGUAUUUCAGUGUGAAAAUGCUCAGCAUAUACUAGAAAAAUACUGCCAUUAAAGCCAUUUUAACAGAUUAAAAUGGUCACACACUCUGAUAUGUGCUGGACAUUUUACAUUAUGUCGAACAUGUGCUUUUUGCAUUUUAGCUGAUAGUCGACUUGAAAGCAAAAAAAACCAACAAAAAAACAAGUUAACAACAACUAUGCCUGGCUGAAUCAAAAAUUGGUCUUCAUAGAUGUCAGAUGGUACCAAAUGAUUAACAAACAGUGUAAAUAGUAUUGAUAAUAUAUUGUUGGUGAAAUGUGUACACAUAAAAAAAAUAAACAAGUGUAGGUGUAUCAGUGCCUCUGUACAGGGGAUGGAAGUUUGUUAAAUGUCAAAUUGAGCGAUUAAAAAAAAAAGUGUAUAUUACUAUUUUACUUUUCACGGGUACAUUGAGGUUGUCACUUAAUACUAAAAUGUUUAUUUGAAUAUAUAAAAAAAAAUGAAAUGGUGUGGAUUUUACUCCUUGUUCAUAUUACUCUGCAUGGCAUGAUCGGUGGCUUGUUGAAACACUUUCCCAAGGCUGUUUGCGGAAUAAUCUUCAUUUGUAAAAACACUUUUGAAUGUCAAAAAAGGAAGCUGUUUUUUAUCGCCGUCUCAGUGCAUCUGUCACAGUCACGCACACCAUGAGCACAAGUCCAAUUUAAGUUGAGAGAGCGGGAUUUUUUUUUUUCCUGUCGUGUGACAGCUCGGCGGGCUGCCUGUUUUUGUCUUUAGCGCUGAUCCGAAAAUGCAGUCAGCAUGGAAUUGUCAUUUCUCACAGCCACAGAGUGCAAUACACACAGAGAUGCAAUCUUUCCUCUCUAAUCUUGAGUCCUUGCUUUAGACCUCGAGGCACACAAAUCUGCCUGAGUUAUAACGUUGCCGUCGGACGACGCUGACCGCCCCAGUUAAAAUCACCCACAGAAGCACAUAGUCAGGUGGUGGAUAUAUACUUCAGACUUGGACAGGAGGAGAGACACGUGAAUGGAAAAAUAAAACCAGACUGAUAUAAUAAUAAGAUAACAGGAAGGAAAGGUUGGAGGACUAAAAGAUUUCGACAAGAAAACAUCUCAUCUCAUCACAGCUUUCACUUUCUGCGAGGUCGGCACCAAAUGCAAUAUUUUUGUUUUUCUGACGUAUGACAAUCAUAUGUUAAUAUUUAUCACUAUCUUUGCUGGAGAGGCUUUUAUUUUUUGGUUUAUAUAUUUUCAGUUGUUAUAGAAGUACCGUGUUUUGCUGCAUGCUAACUGAAAUACUGCUAUACACAUUUGAUCCAUCCUGAAAAGAAAAUAGUAAAAAAUUAAGUCACAACUCUGUUUUACCAAUUUAAUUGGAUUUAUCAUAUCGUCACACUGUUAAAAUAAUCGCCUAAGUCAUUUUUUGUCAAAAUUUUUUGCCUAAAUCGUCUCCUCAUGACGCCGGCCACCUAUGGUAAAAUCGCCUACAUCCUCAGUUGAUCAGAUCAUGUGAUUCUACCCCUUUAAGAUAAUGGCCUAUGUCAAGUGUGUUACACUUUUGGUGAAGUUUUUUGUGUUUCCUGAAAAACUUGAAAAAAUGAGUUAAGGCGAUUAUUUUAACAGGGUGACGAUAUUGUAACUGACUGAAACUGGUUAUUUUAUUCGCCAUAUUUGAUUACAAUAUAUAAUGUUCACAAGAAUGACUCUGCAGUAUAAAUUCAGGGCAGAUGCAGGAAAAUAAGGCCUUUUAUGGUGUAAAAAUGUCCUUUGUAUGUCUGCUUUUUGUGUCUGAGAUGUUUAUUUUGAUUAAAGGGAAUGUCUGCAUGCUGCAUGGACCUACAGGGAUAAAAAAGCUAGUCGGACCACCAUGACAUGCUUAUGUGUUGCAGUGUCAGACAAUCACGUAUAAUGUAUUUAAUAGCCCUGCCACAGAACAAAAACUGUCAUAAAGGGGAAUUAAAUGUGAUGGUUUUGCCUUAUUGUCUGUAAAUUAAUUUCCUAAAAUGAAUGAAUAUUUAGUUUUCUGUGGAUUAAUGUGUUUAAUGUGUUUGCCAGCGGGCUUCUGUUGAUAGAUUGAGCAAAAGGAAAAAGACAAUCAUUGGGACCCAUUAUAUCAGAGACCAAUGACUCAGCAAGCAUUCAGUAUUGAGUUUCAGCUCUGCCGUCUCAUUUGGGGAAUCAUUCUGUUAUACCCAGAGCCUUACGUUUAAUAGAGCUGCUUCAUUCGGAGAUAUCUUGUAUUAGAAUCUUGAUGCCACCAGGAAUACAGUCAUGAAGCUGCCUCCUAAAACGGAAAUUGCAAAGAAAUAUUAGCUCUAACUCGGUUUACAGACUGUAUUUGCCCAAAAGCAUGAGUCAACAAAAAUAAGGUUGUGAUGUGGGUGCUUUGUUGCAUCUCCCCGCUUUGCCCCCUGUUACGGGUUCGAUGCCAGAAACACAAGCUGUGAAUGUCGGCGAUAACGCUGUUCGGUCUGAAUCUGUUUGCCCUCUUUUUUUUUUUUUCUACCCCCCCCCAUCUCCGUUCUCUCACGUUCAUCCAUUGUCAUCACCGCUUUUCAUCACGGAGCCAGACGUGCCUUCUUUAUGUUAUUUUUAGCUUUUCAAUUCUCACACUUCUUGUCUGACAGAAGUACGGAUGAUGAAAGGGGAAACACAAACACAGGAUGGGUUUGACAUUGAUGAUGGCAAUGCUUAAAAAAAAGAAAACACACUGGAGAUGUAAGCAUAUUUUUGUGAGUGUUUAUUGAUUUCUUUCAUUUAUUUUGUUUAUCACGGGUCGAUUAUCAUUUUGUAUGCUUUUUGGGAAACCUAUUGUACAUGUUUUACAGAUCAUUGUCUUGUCAAAUAAAAUGUAAACCAAAAA